CUCAAAUAUUACAAUUUUAAAAAUCAAUCCACCUCUAAUUCUAGCGAAAAAAAAAAUAGAAGCAGAAUCCAUUUCGAACUGCCAUGAAUUGUUUUACUGUUUUGGUGGAAUCGUAAAAAAAUAAAUCGAUUGAACUCUACAUCAAUCAUGUCGCUUGACGGGAUCCCUUCCCGGUGGCGUUUAUAAAUCGUCAACGUGAGAUUAGGCAGUACUUUACAGGCGUGUGAAUGACCCGCGUAUAUUAAACGUCUCAGGUGACCGACUCCUACAUUGGAAUUUCCGCUUUGAAGUCUGAAUCACUGCUGUUUGGCUUCGAAGUGAGAAAAAAGAGGGAUGGGAGGUGAUUUGGAAUCGAUAGCGGAGGCCACCUCCGGAGCCAUUGGAGCUGUAGUCAGCACCACCAUCUUGUAUCCACUCGAUACCUGUAAAACCAAGUACCAAGCCGAGCUUCAAUCUCAUGGUCAGCGAAAAUACAGGAAUAUAUCAGAUGUUCUUUUGGAGGCAUUAUCAAAGGGUCGGUUCCUUUCAUUGUACCAAGGUCUUGGAACGAAGAAUCUGCAUUCGUUCAUUUCCCAGUUUGUUUAUUUCUAUGGGUAUAGUUACUUUAAGAGACUCUAUUUGGUAAGAAGUGGUGGUAGAUCCAUCGGAACAAAAGCCAAUCUGAUUAUUGCUGCUGCUGCUGGGGCUUGUACUGCCAUUGUGACUCAACCACUGGAUACUGCAUCAUUAAGGAUGCAAACUAGUGCCUUUGGGAAGUCCAAGAGCCUUUGGAAAACUCUCACUGAGGGCAGCUUGAUCGAAGCAUUUGAUGGUCUUGGAAUAUCGCUUUUAUUGACAUCCAACCCUGCUAUUCAGUACACAGUUUUUGAUCAACUCAAACAACAUCUGCUGAAAGACCAACACACAUCAAAUGGGAAGAAGGGUUCAUCAUCCCCAUUAGCCCUUUCUGCAUUCUCUGCAUUUUUAUUAGGUGCACUCUCAAAGAGCAUUGCCACCAUCAUUACUUUCCCAGCCAUUAGGUGCAAAGUUAUGAUUCAAGCCGCAGACACGAAUGAUGGAGGGGAUAAUAAGAAAUCCAAACGAAAACCAUGCAAAACACUGCUUGGUGUUGCUGGCUCUAUCCUUAGAAAUGAAGGGAUUCUCGGUUUCUUCAAGGGAUUACAAGCUCAAAUCUUGAAGACGGUGCUAAGUUCUGCAUUGCUCCUGAUGAUAAAAGAAAAGAUUUCUGCUAAAACAUGGGCACUCGUUCUUGGACUCAGUAGGCUCAUCAUUGUCAACCAGAGGAGGCUAAAGAACGCAUAGCUGAAAUGCAGCAGAUGGUCUUUCAAGAAUCAAUCUGCAUGCAAGGGGUUUUAUGGUAAACUUGGAGAAAAGUAGGAGACAAGAAGACACUUUUUUUUUUGGGAAUACACAUCUUCUGGUCAUAAAUGUCAAGUCAUGAAACUCGACUAAAUAGAAUAAAUUUGACCGAUGUCCAUGAUUUCUUUAUUAUUGAAUUAGAGAGGUAAGAGUCAUUGAUAUGAAAGUCCAGGGAAACAUUAUAAGUUUAUUAUUAUAUAGGCAGAUAUUCUCAUUUGGCACACAUUCAUUGGAUGAUGAUCACACAUCUAGCUCUUUUCACCCAAUGAGGUUAUGAGAGUGUGCCAAAUAAGAAUGCCUCCAUAUAAUGCACUAUAGUGUACAUUUUUAUGUCUCCCUAGAGGCCUGGCCUUACCCCUCCACCUUUGAGCUGCUGGAUUCAGCAUUGGUUUGCUAUGCUAAUUUAGAUACAUUCCACAUCCCGAGUACUGGUUUGUUCAGUAUUGGCUUCAUUUAGAGAAUUGGAGAUGCUCUAUGAAAGCUUUUUCACGAAUCUAAUCCUCAAAUAAAAUUCCCGGUCAUGAUGUGUAACCCAUUGUUCAGUUUUCCAACAAGUUAUAUUGACCAUCAAC